CUUGUUAUAAAAGUCUCAGAGAAGUUCAUCGAUUAUAGUCAGUGUAACUAAAAGUGACGCCAUUUAUUUAACUGUUCGAUAUUUUUACAGACAUAUUCCUGUUUGGGAGGUGUUUGUGUUUGGUUUGGUUGGGGUUUUCAUCUUCUCUAACAGAAAAUGCCUCACCUAGAAGAUCAGGAGAGGUGAACGUGAACGUAACCACCCUUCUAUUGAGAGCUAGUUUCACUUUUAUCACAGACCAGGUACCGUGGUAGCUAUGUAUUGUAGGGUAAAAAGGCCAGGGAAACCUUCCCUGUCACCUCGCCACCAAAGCAGAGCUGUAACACACGUUUGCUGUUACUCAGAUGGACUCUCCUGGUGCCUUGCUCCCCCUAGUGGUCUGAGCCGCACUAGCACUCGACCCCUCACCUCCAGUCCACCCACAGCAGCAGACUCACUUCCAGCUCACGUGUGGCUCAGCACCCCAUCCAUCAGCUACAAUUAGAGUCCAGUAUCCCAGAUGUGAAUGGUGUAAGGCCUGUUGAUGGUUCCGAGUUCUAUGGGAAUGCUCUGUCGCUUCUAUCCUUGCCUGGUCCCAGGCUUGGAACACCUGAGGCGCAGGAAGUGCAAGGCCAUCGGCCGUCCAUGGGCUUGAGGUGCCACCAUGGACACGUCACCUGCAUCCCCAGAGCCCUUCCUGGCCACCCCACAGGCUGAGGUGCUGGAGGAGCUGCUUCAGGCACAGCUGGGGCCUCUGCCCCGGAUUGCCGCCAUCUGUAGGCUCAAGCGGCUGCCCUCAGGCGGCUACUCCACCACAGACGACCUGCAUCUGGUGUUGGAGCGCAGGCGCGUGGCCAAUGCCAAAGAGCGCGAGCGGAUAAAAAAUCUCAACCGAGGCUUUGCCAAGCUCAAGGCUCUGGUGCCGUUUCUACCACAGAGCAGGAAGCCCAGUAAAGUUGAUAUCCUUAAAGGUGCCACGGAAUACAUACAGAUACUUGGCUGUGUUCUGGAAGGAGCGAAGGCCUCAGAGAGACAAGGCCCCGAGGAGCAGACCCACAGUGGUAGACCCUCUGACACUCAUGUGUCCUCGACUAGAGAGCUCUUGGGAAAUGCUACCCAACUUACCAGCUGUGCCAGUGGCUUGAAGAAAGAAGAGGAGGGGCCUUGGGCAUACAGUGGCCAUAGUGAGCCAUUGUACAACUACCAGCAGAGCACAGUACCCGAGACUAGGAGUUACUUCAUUCAAUAGGAGUCUGAUGAAAGAUUCCUUCUAAGAAAGUCAUGUAUAAGUUGAAAAGCUCAAAAAGCAUUGCCAAGAUGACUAUUUUUCAUGUAAAAUAUGAUUAAAAUGAAAUGAUAUGGGAAAAGA